AGGGCGUGUCCAAACAAAGGACAGAGGGGACUCCACAAUGGGAGACAGUUUUCAUGAGCAGCUGGUAGAAGACAGCGCCUUCCUCAAAGCUGAGCAGAGACUGGACACAGAGUUGGUGGACAAACUCAUCCUGCAGCUCAACAGAAUCUACCCGCAGAUUCUCACGGACAAGGAGGCCACCAAAUUCCGAAACUUGGAUGUGCCCACUAGUGUUCGACUGGGUGAGCUCCUGACAAAUCUGCAGGGCAAAGGCGAAGAAGCAUGCAAGGAGUUUUACAGGGCUCUCCACUUGCAUGUAGAGGAGGUAUACUACAGUUUGCCCACUCGGCUCCGCCUGAGAGAUGCCUUGGAUCCACUUGCAUCUCCACGUGUCUACCGACAACGACAUGUUAUGAAUGACAGAGGUCCCCUCUUCUUUCUGGGAUGUUUCGGCGUUGCUAUGGGGAUGACUAUACUCUAUUACUACAGUGAAGCUAAAGUGACGGGAGGCAGUCGGGCCCUCGGGAUGGCUGCUCUGGGUCUGAAAAGAAAAGCUCAGGAGGUUCUUAUUUGGUACACUGAAGAAAGCCUCAUGAAAUAGGGGGCGAUUCCUUCAUACCAGGUGCUUCAGCAGUACUGCUCCAUAGAAUAGCCUACUAGUCAUACCAAAGCACAGCACACUAUCUUCUCAAGGGUUCAAUACUAAUUUUGUACACAGUUUUAUAAAUUAUUUUGUUACAUUUGGCGCUUUGCCCCUCUUUACUCUCAUGUUUAUGUCUAUUUAAAUAGGUUAAAGAAAUGCAUACUCUCGAUUUACAGGAAGAUUAAACAAUGUAGUGUCACAAAUGUGGUGUAAAACCAUCUUUACACCAAGGUUCAGGUGGGUAACACCUAAAGUAUUUUUUUGCAGUAUGCUGAACUAUGUACAUUUAUUUGUGUAACUGAGAAUUAUGCUGCUUUAUCUACUCAGUCACCUCUGAUAUCAAGCAUAUUGAAAUAACUUCAGUGUCCAUCCCAAAUGAAUUCAGACUAGAACAUCAUCGCCAUCUUGCGGUCAGAAGAGGAGCUACAGCACCAAAUGUAGCCUGGUUUAUAUUGGUUUCAGAAGAGCCGCCGAAGUUCUGCUGUUCACAUUUAGACAAAAAAGAGAUUAGUCCCGUGACCAGCCAGAAAUAAUAUUGAGCAGUAGCUACAUUGUGAUAUUUCAGCAUGGAUGUAUUAUUAGGACUUGUGUUACAUCCAUGUAUUUCUGUCCAGUUCAUAGUUUAUAGCUUAGCGAUCACGUGAUUGCUUCAACCAAUGAUAUCCCGCCGUACCAGCGCAGUGCAUUAUAGGUAGGAUUACGACCAAAACAAUUUAAAAUAUACGAACAUCUAAGAGUUGUGAUAAUGAAGCGUUUACACAGACCAACCGGAUAUAAAGGAAACAUACCAGAGUUUUGUUUUGCAGAUAUAAUACUUGGAAACUUGGAAAUGCACCAUAAGUGAUACUACGUUGUAUAACUCCUCAUAUAUAUAGUGACGUGUCCCUUCUUUCACAUUGUGUUGUAUGAAAGGAGAGAAGGUUAGCACUCCCCUUGACAAGGAUGGAAUUGGCCCUUGUGGCCUGCAACACAUAUACGGUUAAGGCAUUGCCACCUACUUCGUGGCAUCUCUAACCAAGUUUUUUCACGAGUUAAACAUUAAUUUUAGACAAAGACUGAGAACGUAAACAAAUGAUGUCGUUAUAAAUUAUUAACUACUUAUCUCAAAGCACGUCUCCUGUUCACACUAUUUACUUUAAAACAGGAAGCAUGCCUAAAUAUUUCCCCUUCUUGUUUCCUCUGGGUCAGCUCAGGAUGAGAAUUUUUUUUUUCUGGUUUGCUCGUGGUAGCCUUUAGCCCAGUGCUGAAUACACGAAGGAUUGCCGCAGAUUUUACAUUUGUUGUGUUCUGUUCAGUUUGUGAGAGAUUUAUCCCAGCCUCAAUAAUUGAUAGAUAUUGCGUCCAAUACUGUGGAUAUUUUCUUGUUCUUAAUGUGCCUUUUUUCAGUUAGUUAGUUAGUGAUGAGCCUAUUUUAAAUACAAAGUACUACAGUAAAUUAAUAGACCCCAAAAUGGCAGACAUAUUACAUUUGAUGGUAUUUCUCAGGCUGUUUGUAAACAAUUUCAUUAAAAUGUAUGACAAAGAUCUUCAGAACAUAACAGUAUGGUGCUUUGUUAAAACCUAUUUCUAUGUGAUGGAGGUUAAUCUUCAGGAUUUCAAAAGGUUAUGUCAGAAGUGCCUCAAGAUACUUUUGCAGCUUGUAUUUGUAACACUUUUAUAAUAUCAUUCUAAAGGGAAAUAUUGGUGUUUGAUUUGUGUCAGUUGUCAAUUCAUGUCUACUCAUUGAUCAGUGCCUAACAGUCACAUUCUCUGUGCACUCUGCCAUGUAAAAAUGCCUUAUCAUAUGAUUGAGACUUAUGUCUUUGUACAAUAAAAACUAUGCAUGAUAAU